GAGCGAUCUGGCGCGACGGGUGGCGACGGCAGAUACGCGCCUGGCAUUGGCGACAGGUACUGGGACUUGACCGAUGCUGAGGUCGAGCAGCUCAUGCAGCGCUGCGACGAUGCCGACGCCGCCAAGGCUGCUGGGAACCCAACCCCGUACGGUGGUCGGGCCAUCCGGAGCCAGGCGCUGGCCAUCGUGCCGCGCGGCUUGCCGCCCCUAGCAGGUGCCCAGCUUGUUCGUUUGGAGCGCGCGGAUGUCUUGCAGCGGGCGGAGGAAUUCAGGGUCCUCGCACGGCACCGUCACAAGCUCCAGCGCGAGAAAUCAGCGGAGGAAGACCGCCGAUGUGCUCAGGAUGACUUGUCGCUGGACGGCAUUGUGGCGGCGGCCUCGUCCACUUUUGCUGCAGUUCGCGACGUGCCGCACAACGACGAGGGGGACCCCCCGUGGAAUGGAGUUGGCGGAGGCGACCUGGUUUUCUUGUCGCAGCGGUGGUCAGAGCUGAAGAGGCUCGCCGAGGCCAUCGCGACCAUCGAUGUCAGAAAAUACAGGCAGAGUGGGAUCAGCGAGCUCCAUAAGGCCUUGGUCGGCGUCUUCCGCGACCACUGCGAGACCGUGCAGCAGCCGACGUCCAAGCUCGCUGGUCCAGGGUCUGCGCCCCCCCCGCUCUCAGACUACAUCUGCCACGCUGCGAAUCGCUGCGUGUGUUCGAAGGCUGGGCGCGCGAGCAUCUCCAUGCUGAACGCUAUCAACGCCCACGCCAGACGGCUGUAUCCCAGGGGCGACCUACGGAGACAGUUCGUCGCGAGCCACGUUGUCAUUGUGUUGUUGGGGCAGAGCUGCUUGCCGACAGACGCUGCAGGGAAGGUCGCGUUCGACCUCGGCGCGCUCGCAGACGAAGUGAUCUUUCUCCUCGUGGCGUUCACCUUGGAGAAGCCAUGGGAGAUUACGUUCUUGGAGCUGGACCCCGAUGAGGAUGUCCGCGACCGCUUUCGACAGCGAUCAUGGGACGAAGCAGCCAACCAGUGGACGUGUCACCGACCCGAUGGGCUAGUGAGGCUCGUCGACACCAAGCACCAGUAUUUCACGCAGUACGAGCUGACCGCCACCAUGCGGACAACGCUUCGCUGGGACUGCGCCUGGCUUGAGGUUUAUUUUGGUGCCGACAUCGUGGGCGAUUUCGUGCCGAACAAGUGUUUCGUGAAACAGAAGUCUGCUUGUCUGCACCCGAUAUGGGUCCCAAAGGGAGCGAAGAGGUCCGCGGAUGGAUUUGCUUCUUGGGCGGCCCUGGCUGCCGCAGAUGACGAUGACGAUCCCGACGACCUCGGAGGGGAAGUUGCUGUCGAUGCAGCUGCAGAGUCGGACGAGCCCGACCCUGAGGGCGACGAGCUGGCGGCUGAGAGCGAACCAGGAGAUAGCGCAGGCACUGAGACUGGCGGCAGCGUAUUGUCAGAUGACAUCUCCGACGGCGGCGGGGGCCUGCCAGCUCACAUCGUUGUUCUUGUGCCUGGCCUCGGGCGGAUCAGCUAUUACGACACAUUUGAUCGGAAGUACUUCGUGGCCAACUGCGCGGACCCUGAUCACGUCUGCCACUUGCCGUGCCACACCACUCGCGUGUCCACGCCAGGGCACAAGAAGGGUCAAGGCCGCCCGCUCGGGUGGAUGAUGUCGUGGCUGGAGCGGCAGGGCGGCCUUGCGGCUGCCAGGGCCGCGACGCGGCAUGACCAUGUGCACGGCGGCUGGAGGCCCACGUUCGAGGAGCGCCGCGCG